AUGAUCCAGCAGUUUCGCGGGACCUUGGAGAGCAAAUUCUCCCCCGAGGAGCAGGCGGAGUGGCUCCAGGUGGGCGCAGCCCACGGCACCGAGUUUCUCGCAGAGCUCCGUGGCGUUGCGCAGGCCGUGAACAUGACGAACGACAUGAACUUGUUUGUACUCUUCAACAUGCUGUACGAGUUGGAGUCCCCCACGAUGUGCUCUGGCUUCCUUGCCGCGGACUCCAAUGGCAAGGUGGUUCAUGGCCGGAACAUGGACUACCAGUUCUUGUUCACAAUGCCGGAUGGAUCGACGAAAGAUUGGCCCGACGUCACCUACGAGGGCAUCUUUUGGAAGGGUGGCAAGAAGCUCUUUACCAACAUCAAUUGGCCUCUUUGGAUUGGUAUUCACACAGCCAUGCGCUACAAUGGCUGGACCUUUGAGCAGAACACACGCUUGCUGAAGAACGACCACCAUCUCAACCUGCAGUCGGCCAAGAAUGGAGGACGGAAGUUUGGCUGGAUCGCUCGCAAGGCGCUGGAGACGAUCCCAGACUUUCACACGGCGCUGAGCUUGUUCAACGGCACGAAGUUCAUGGCACCGCAGUACUUCAUUAUGGCUGGCGCGGGGGACUAUGAAGGCGCCAUCAUUAGCAUGGACCGCAACGGUGCUGAAAGUGAAGCAGACACGCCGGCGGUGCGGAGCUUGUCUCGCGAAGGUAAUUGGUUUCUCCUCCAGACCAAUGACGACGCCAACAAGAUGGCCCUGGACCCACGGCGCCCGUUGGCGAUGGAGCGCCUGCACCAGCGGAGCCAGGACGACGUGUCUGUGAACUUCGUUUGGGACGUGGUGCAUUCGUUUCCGCUGUACAAUCCGGUGACCGCCUUCACAUGGGUGGCGGUGCCCAGCACCAACUACUCCCAGGGGGUGGUGCAUGGCCAAGAUCCCGUGCUGGAGGAGGCCAACUCUGUUCUGCAGCUCACAGAUUCACCGGAUGAGAUGCAGCUGGUGCAGCGCUUCCUGCAGCGCCACGGCUCCCGGCGCUUCAAACACGUCCUCACGAAGGAGGGACUGAGCCUGCAAGCGAAAUGA